GGUAAAACUAAAGCUAACCAUUCAAUCGCCUGUGCUAGAUAGUGCAAAAGUAGUGUCAAAAUAAGUUUAAUUUGUUUGUUUAUUCAGUGUUGUGAUAAUAAAAGGACCACCGAUUCAUCAUGGCGACUCUAUCUUUACGCAUAAGCCUUGAGGGAGGCCGAGUCACCAAAACAAUGCAAUUUGACCCCUCUACAACAGUUUUCGAUUGCUGUCGCAUCAUAAGAGAAAAAAUCACUGAAGCCAAUGCCGCUGGUCAAAUGCAAGAUUUCGGAUUAUUUUUAUCAGACGACGAUUCCCGACAAGGAGUCUGGCUCGAACCAGCAAGAAAACUUGAUUACUAUCUUCUCCGAAAUGGUGAUCUUCUCGAAUACAGAAGAAAAUUACGACACCUGCGAGUUAGGAUGUUAGAUGGAUCAGUUAAAACAUUACUUCUUGAUGACAGCCAGCCCGUUGCCUGUUUGAUGGUUGUCAUCUGCACUAAAAUUGGUAUAACAAAUCACGACGAAUAUAGUUUAGUACGCGACGAACCCGAAAACCCAGUGGAACCAUUACAAGAAAAUCGAUACGGAACAUUAACAUUGAGAAGAAAAAAUCUCGAAAAAGAGCGGGACACAAAAAUGGAAAAUUUACGUAAAAAAUUAAAAACCGACGACGAAGUUAAUUGGGUAGAUCCAGGUAAAACUUUAAGACAACAAGGCAUCGACGAAAACGAAACUGUUUUAUUACGACGUAAAUAUUUCUUCAGUGACCAAAAUAUUGAUUCCCGAGACCCCGUUCAAUUAAAUUUACUCUAUGUACAAGCCAGAGAUGCCAUACUUGAUGGUAAACACCCAGUUACACAAGAUAAAGCAUGCGAAUUUGCUGGAAUACAGUGCCAUAUCCAAUUUGGAGCCUAUAACGAACAAAAACACAAACCCGGAUUUUUAGAUUUAAAAGAAUUUUUGCCACAAUCUUAUGCCCGCGUUAAAGGAAUCGAGAAAAUUUUCAACGAACAUAAAAAACAUUUCGACAAAUCUGAGGUGGAUGCGAAAGUACUUUACACACGAACGGCGCGAGCUUUGAAAACUUACGGAGUCACGUUCUUCUUAGUAAAGGAAAAAAUGAAAGGUAAAAACAAAUUAGUGCCUCGACUUCUUGGCGUGACCAAGGACUCCGUUCUGCGGCUGGACGAAAAAACGAAAGAAAUAUUGAAAACGUGGCCUUUAACGACGGUUAGGAGAUGGUGUGCGUCGCCGAACACUUUUACACUUGACUUUGGCGACUACAGUGACCAGUAUUAUUCCGUUCAAACUACAGAAGCCGAGCAAAUACAACAACUCAUUGCUGGUUAUAUAGAUAUUAUUUUGAAAAAGAAACAAACGAAAGAUCAUUUUGGAAUCGAAGGUGAUGAAGGUUCAACUAUGGUGGAAGAUAGUGUUUCUCCAUUCCGAGCGACUGUUAUACAACAUGAGCUAAGCAAAACCGGCAAAGUAAAUACUGAAUCGCUAGCGAAACCUGCAAUUAUGAGAGCUGGCGGCGAUGGCUCUCGUCCAUAUGCCCAUGGACAUGUCGGUGGAUCUCAAUUAGCUACAGUCUCAGGCCAAAUUAAUAUUGGGCACACUCCUCCUUUGGUGAAACAAUCUAAGGUUACAUCAGUAUUAACAGAACCGCAACAAGCGUUAUUAUCCGAUAUCAAUGCUGGCCAAGACAUUAUUUCUAAUGCAAGGAGAGAUUUGGAAACCAAGGCCCAGAUACCAGAGUUGGGUUCAGAUCCUGCCAGUGUCAAAUGGCGAGAGAACAGCAUCGAAAGUUCAAAACAAAGUGUUACUCAUCGUAUUGCUGCAAUGAGCGCGGCAACUGCUCAAGUCGUUACUUUAACGUCCGGCGGCGAAAAUGUAGACCACAAAUCAGUUGGAAAUGCCGUUUCCACUAUCGCUAAGAAUCUUCCAGAAAUGACUAAAGAUGUUCGCUUAAUCGCUGCUCUCAUCGAUGACAAUACGUCUGGAGAGAAAUUAUUAGAGGCAGCAAGAAGUUUAUGCAGCGCAUUCAGUGAUUUGCUGAAAGCCGCUGAACCAGAAAAUAAAGAACCCACCCAACUUAUCAAUGCAGCCAGCAAAGUUGGAGAAGCCAGCCACCAAGUAUUGUCUACCAUUGGAGAAGAAUCAGAUGAGAGCAGAGAAGUUCAAGAAAUGCUACUCGCUCUUGCUAAAGCAGUUGCUAACGCUACUGCUGCGCUCGUGCUUAAAGCCAAAAACAUAGCUGAGACUUGUGAAGAUCCAGCUUCAAAAAAUAAAGUUAUUGAUUCGGCAACACAAUGUGCACUGGCCACUAGUCAAUUGGUGGCUUGCGCAAAAGUUGUAGCGCCAUCCCUUCAAAGUCCUGCAUGUCGCGAACAAUUGGAAACUGCCGCUAGGGAAGUUAUGCAAGCCGUACAAUCCGUAAUCCAGGUUUGCAAUGAAGCUACUCACCAUCAAAGCAAAUUGAAUGAUUUGAAUGAAGCUGCAUCUGAUGUUUCCAGAACGUUACGGGCAUUGUUGGAUCAUAUCAAGAGCAUCAAUAACGAAUAUGCAACAGAGACAGUUGAAGAAAGUCAUAUUGAAAAUGUUUAUGUUGCAACGGACUUAUUAAUCGGAGCAACUGAUCCAACUGAAAUGGUGAAACAGGCUCGCGUGCUAGGACAAGCAACAGCUAAUUUGAUACAGUCUAUAAAGGUUGAAGCAGAAAAACAACCUGAUUCUGAACUUCAACAUAAACUACUUGCGGCGGCUAAACAGCUUGCCGAUGCCACUGCCAAAAUGGUAGAAGCAGCAAGAUUAUGCGCUAGCAGCCCUAAUGAACCCACACACCAAGAAGCACUUCGGGUGGCUGCAGAAGAAUUGCGUGACAUAACUGCAAGUGCACCAAUAUUGCGUAAGAAGCUUAUAGGACGCUUAGAGCAAUGUGCUAAACGCGCUGCGUCGGCUGCAUCACAAUGCAUAUCGGCUGCGCAAAAUGCGACCAUGCACAGUUCGGAUAUUCAAGUUCGUGAAACUUUACUGGAGGAUUGUAAAACAACAUCAUCCCUAAUUCCCAAGCUAGUAUCCAGUGUUAAAUCAAGUAUGAAUUAUCCAGAUGAUCCUAAUGCGCAAAUCGGUUUAAUUAAUUCAGCGCAAAUAUUCUUGGAGCCAGCUGAACAAACUUGCGAUUCUUGCCGAUCUCUGCUUCCGACUGUAACCAGUCAGUCUUCUAGCGCAGAAUUGUCCAGAUCUUGCCAAGUACUUUCGACAGCCUUAAACGAUUUAAGUAUAGCAUCAGGAAGAGCGCGCGAAGCAUGCGCAGGCUUCGAAAUGGGAGCUGCUUUGGAAAGCGUUAGUCUUUUAAGACAAACGCUUCACGAGUCUAGAGUAGCCGCAGAACGGGGAUCGCUGGUGCCAUUACCAGGAGAAACGGUUGAAUCUACCUCUUUACAAUUGGCUUCUACAAGUAAAUCAGUAAGCAUGAAUAUGGCCCAUUUGAUUUCGGCUGUUAACCAGAACAACCGCUAUUAUGCCGGUAACGCGGCGAGAGACGCUGCUUCUUCUUUGAAUGAUUUCAAUAAUGCUGUUCGAGGUGUAGCUGCUACCACGAAUAAUACAAAUGUAAUCGAUUGUGCUGAGGAAGUCAUUACCAAUGCGAUGAGAGUAAUUGAAGAAGCUUAUAGAUCCCUUCAAGGAGAAAGUGAACAACAACAUGUUAUGAAUGCAGCUAGUAAUUUGAAUCAGGCUCUUUCAAGAACUGUUGAUUGUCUACCUGGACAAAAGGAUGUAGACAAAGCAAUAAAUACUAUAAACUCAGUAACUGAAGUAUUAUCUCUCAAUGAAUUUCCUUCAACUAAUAAGUCAUACAAUGAACUGCAACACGAACUCACAUCAGCCGCUGAAACAUUGCAUGCUGCAUCUGGUGAAAUUGUGAAUUCGGCAAAGAGUCCAGCACGUUUGGCACAGACUAGUCAUAGCUUUAGCCAGGCCUACAAAGAACUCUUAUUGGUAUCUCUAGAAUUGGCUGGACUUAAUACUGAUGAAACAGCUAGAGGCCAGGUCGUUAUCUCUCUGCAAGGAGUAUCAACAUCAUCUUGUACUUUGCUAACGUCCGCUAAGCACGUAGCAGCAGAUCCAACACAGCCUAAUGCUAAAAAUCAACUCACAGCUGCUGCUAGAGCUGUUACAGACAGCAUUAACUAUUUGGUUGAUGUAUGCACAUCAGCUUCCCCAGCACAGAAAGAAUGUGAUAAUGCAAUUCGGAAGAUAGAAUCCCUGCGCCCGUUGUUGGACAGACCAAACGAGCCACUAUCAGAUUUAAGUUACUUUGAAUGUUUGGAUGUUGUGAAAGAGAAGUCUAAAAAAUUAGGUGAUGGAAUGUCUGGAAUUGCCAAUCAUGCUAAAUUAAAUCAACAUGAAGAGUUUGCGCAAUCAGUACGUGAAGUUAAUGAUUCAAUUUAUGGCUUGAUUGAAGCUUCUGCACAAGCUGCUUAUCUCGUAGGCGUAUCUGAUCCAACCAGCGUUGUCGGUCGUCCAGGAUUGGUUGACCAAGCCCAAUUUGCGCGUGCAGCGCAGGCGAUUCGAACUGGCUGCGAUGUUUUGGUUAACCCUACUUCAACCCAACCACAAGUGUUACAAGCUGCUACUCUCAUUGCAAAACAUACAUCAGCUUUGUGCAAUGCAUGCAGAAUUGCCAGUAACAACACUCCUAACCACGUGGCUAAGAGGCAAUUUGUACAAUCUGCUAAAGACGUCGCGAAUAGCACUGCCGCAUUGGUAAAGGGAAUUAAAGCACUAGAUGCAGAUUAUUCUGCUGAAAGUAGAGAAUCUUGUGUUCAGGCAACGAAACCUUUAUUAGAUGCUGUUUCAUCGCUUUGUGAAUUCUCAAAUAAUCCACAAUUCGUAUCUAUACCAACAAGAAUAUCAGCCCAGGGUCGCAAAGCUCAAGAGCCCAUUCUAACUAGUGGUCAUAGUACUUUGAAUGCUUCUGUGAAUAUGAUAGUAGCUGCAAAAUCUUUGUCCCUUAAUCCAAGAGACCCACCUGCAUGGCAACAAUUAGCAAGUAACAGCAAAGAUGUUAGUGAUUCAAUCAAAAGUCUUAUCACUAAUAUAAGAGAGAAGGCUCCUGGUCAAACACAGUGCGACACAGUCAUCCAGCAAUUGAAUGACUGUGUGCGUCAUUUAGAUCAAACCAGUAUUAAUGUUGUAUCAACAGUAACUCCGAGCCAAGAAAACACCUUGCAAGGUUUCCUCAGCCAGAUGAGCAGUACAUCAAAUGAGCUAACAGACAGAUUGCCUCCACUACAAACAGCUGCUAAAAGUGAAGCUGAAAAUUUGGGACAUACGAUAUUACAAAUGUCUCGUUAUGUCGAAGCUCUUGUCAAGUAUGCUGUUGGGGCUGCAACUCAUUUUGUGCAUUCGUCUCAAAGAUUACAGCUUUUGGAAUAUACUAAAAGUGUUACCGAAAAUGCUAUUCAAGUAGCUAAUCUUGCUAAACUGACUGGAGGAAAUCCCAGGGCUACACAAUAUCAUGGAGAACUGGAUGAAGCUAUUGAUUCAAUGAGAGAGUCAAUUACUGAAUUAAUUACUUCUCUUGAUGAUUUAUCAACACAAAAUGGUUUGGUAAAUGGCUUGCUAGAAAGUAUUAACCGAGCCAUGUCUCGAGUAAGUGAUAGAAGAUCAUCUUUGCUUGUUACUUCUUCAUCAGACACUUUUGUUGAUUAUCAAACAAGAAUGGUACAUGAAGCUAAAGAAAUUGCCAGAAUUGCUAAUGAGAUGAGUUCAAAAGCUGUUGGUGAGCCUGCUGCUUUGCCUACUUUAUCUGCAAAUCUUACCCACCACUACACGCAGUUGGCAGAUGAUUCAUUUGGAGCAGUAUUAAACACAAAUCUUUCAGAUGUUGGAAUGAAAAUCAGAAGCACAGUUCAAGAACUUGGACGAUCAUGUUCUCAAUUAGUUGAAUCUAGUGGGGCAUACCAAAUGCAACAAGGCGAUAGUGCUUCUUCUACAAUUUCAAUGCACAGCAGAUCUGUUAACGAUAAAGUAGCUAAAGUUUUAGCAGCAUUACAAUCAUGUUCAAAGGGAACACAGGCUUGCAUAAAUGCUGCUAGUACUGUUUCUGGUAUCAUUGGAGAUAUUGACACUACAAUUAUGUUUGCAACAGCAGGCACUUUGCACUCUGAGAGGGAUAAUGCAUCUUUCUCUGAGCACAGGGAGCAUAUUCUGAAAACAGCCAAAGCUUUAGUAGAAGACACAAAAACACUUGUUGCCGGUGCUGCAGGUUCUCAAGAUCAAUUGGCAGCAGCAGCCCAAAAUGCUGUUUCAACAAUUGUCCAAUUGACUGGAGUUGUGAAAUUAGGAGCAGAAAGUUUGGGUUCAAAUAAUCCUGAUUCACAAGUGAUGCUAAUGAAUGCUGUUAAAGAUGUUGCUUCUGCUCUCGGUGAACUUAUUCAGGCCACCAAAGCAGCAUCUGGAAAACCUAUUGAUGACCCUUCAAUGGGACAAUUGAAAGGCAGUGCUAGGGUAAUGGUAACAAAUGUAACAUCAUUGUUAAAAACCGUUAAAGCUGUUGAGGAUAAACACACAAGAGGCACACGUGCUUUGGAAUCUACAAUUGAAGCUAUCAGUCAAGAAAUUAAUAGUUUACAAAUAGAUGGUGCAAAAGGUAAAGGUACACCAGAGGAACUAGUUAGAGCUACUAAAUUAGUUACCCAAGCUACAUCUAAAGCAAUUGCUGCUGGAAACUCUGGAUCUCAAGAAGAUAUUAUAAUUGCUGCUAAUCAAGGGCGUAGAGCAAUUUCUGAUUUACUUGUUGUGUGCAAGAAUACUGCAUACUCCUGCACGGAAACAAUCGAAUUGCGCGAACAAACUUUGGAAGCUGGUAAUAAGGUUGCAACCCACUAUCAAAGACUGCUUCAAGCAGUUUUGGCAGGAGCUGAAGGAAAAGAAAAUUUGCCACAUUUAUCAAGACAAGUAGCUCAAAGUGUUUCUGAACUGGUUUCUCUGGCCGAAACCCUUAAAGGGCGUGAUUGGGUAGAUCCUGAGGAUCCAACAGUUAUUGCGGAAAAUGAGCUUCUAACAGCUGCAUCAUCUAUAGAAGCUGCUGCACGAAAACUUGCCAGUUUGCGACCAAGAAGAUCUGUAAAGGAAACCGAUGAAAAUUUGAACUUUGAUGAAAUGAUUUUGGAAGCAGCAAAAUCCAUUACUGCAGCUACUUCAGCUUUGGUUAAAGCCGCAAGUGAUUCACAACGAGAACUUAUUGAUCAGGGCAAAGUUGCCAGGCGUCUACAUAAAACUUCAGACGAUGGCCAAUGGUCAGAAGGUUUGGUUUCUGCUGCGAGACUUGUGGUGGCAGCAACACAAAAAUUAGUAGAUUCAGCACAAGCUCUUGUGCAAGGACAUGGUUCUGAAGAAAUGCUUAUUUCAUCUGCAAAACAAGUUGCUAGUUCCACUGCCCAACUUUUAGUUGCUAGUCAGGUCAAAGCCGAUCCUGAUUCACCCAGUUUUACAAGACUACAAGCAGCUGGAAAUGCAGUCAUUAGAAGCACGGAUAAUCUUGUGAAAUCAGCUCAACAAGCUAUUUCUGGAGAAGAUGAGCAUUCACUUGUUCUUAACACAAGAAUGGUUGGUGGCAUUACACAGGAAAUAAAUGCCAGAUCUGAAGUAUUCCGAAUUGAAAAGCAAUUGGAAGAGGCUAGAAAUAGGUUAGCAGCCAUUCACCAAGCCAAGUAUCGUCUGCGUAAAACAGAUGAAGGCGAUCAAGAAUAUUACAGUGACCAAAAUGAUACCAUGAAUCAAAGUAGCCAUAUUGUGCAUUUAAAUAAUAAUAACCAAAGUAAUAAAGGAUUGAACUCCUCGUAUUUGGAUAAAUCUCAAACCCACACAAAUAGUAGAACUUUCAAUACAUACAACAAUGUAAGUCCUGUGAGCUUUAUUAAUAAAAAUUUAUCUACAUCGGACAGUAGCUAUGAUGCAGUUAAAAAUGGCUCAGCACAUAAUACAGGGAGCAACGGUCAAAAUUAUAAGGGAUUUACAACUUUGUAUGAAACCCACAGAUAUAACACUGAUUCAAUCCUUUAUUAUGCACUCCGGAGCAAUUCUCAAAAUUUAGUACAAACCCAAAUGAACUCAUUGUCCAGACAGAUCACUGAGAAAGAAACUAUAAAAACUUCUGCAGAGAUUCGAACGCACAUGUAUAUCACGAUGAAUAACAUGAUCUUCCAGGGCCUAUUGUCUCAGAACAAAGCCCGUGUUCACACUGUGCAGGGAAUUAAAGCACUAGAUGCAGAUUAUUCUGCUGAAAGUAGAGAAUCUUGUGUUCAGGCAACGAAACCUUUAUUAGAUGCUGUUUCAUCGCUUUGUGAAUUCUCAAAUAAUCCACAAUUCGUAUCUAUACCAACAAGAAUAUCAGCCCAGGGUCGCAAAGCUCAAGAGCCCAUUCUAACUAGUGGUCAUAGUACUUUGAAUGCUUCUGUGAAUAUGAUAGUAGCUGCAAAAUCUUUGUCCCUUAAUCCAAGAGACCCACCUGCAUGGCAACAAUUAGCAAGUAACAGCAAAGAUGUUAGUGAUUCAAUCAAGAGUCUUAUCACUAAUAUAAGAGAGAAGGCACCUGGUCAAACACAGUGCGACACAGUCAUCCAGCAAUUGAAUGACUGUGUGCGUCAUUUAGAUCAAACCAGUAUUAAUGUUGUAUCAACAGUAACUCCGAGCCAAGAAACACCUUACAAGCUCUUUCAACAAAUUUACAUUGUUAUUUUAUAUUUAGGUUUCCUGAGCCAGAUGAGCAGUACAUCCAAUGAGCUAACAGACAGAUUACCUCCACUACAAACAGCCGCUAAAAGUGAAGCUGAAAAUUGGUAUGCUGUGGGUGCUGCAACUCAUUUUGUGCAUUCGUCUCAAAGAUUACAGCUUUUGGAAUAUACUAAAAGUGUUACCGAAAAUGCUAUUCAAGUAGCUAAUCUUGCUAAACUGACUGGAGGAAAUCCCAGGGCUACACAAUAUCACGGAGAACUGGAUGAAGCUAUUGAUUCAAUGAGAGAGUCAAUUACUGAAUUAAUAACUUCUCUUGAUGAUUUAUCAACACAAAAUGGUUUGGUAAAUGGCUUGCUAGAAAGUAUUAACCGAGCCAUGUCUCGAGUAAGUGAUAGAAGAUCAUCUUUGCUUGUUACUUCUUCAUCAGACACUUUUGUUGAUUAUCAAACAAGAAUGGUACAUGAAGCUAAAGAAAUUGCCAGAAUUGCUAAUGAGAUGAGUUCAAAAGCUGUUGCUGAGCCUGCUGCUUUGCCUACUUUAUCUGCAAAUCUUACUCACCACUACACGCAGUUGGCAGAUGAUUCAUUUGGAGCAGUAUUAAACACAAAUCUUUCAGAUGUUGGAAUGAAAAUCAGAAGCACAGUUCAAGAACUUGGACGAUCAUGUUCUCAAUUAGUUGAAUCUAGUGGGGCAUACCAAAUGCAACAAGGUGAUAGUGCUUCUUCUACAAUUUCAAUGCACAGCAGAUCUGUUAACGAUAAAGUAGCUAAAGUUUUGGCAGCACUACAAUCAUGUUCAAAGGGAACUCAGGCUUGCAUAAAUGCUGCUAGUACUGUUUCUGGUAUCAUUGGAGAUAUUGACACUACAAUUAUGUUUCCAAAGCUUAGUAGAAGAAGACACAAAAACACUUGUUGCCGGUGUGCUGCAGGUUCUCAAGAUCAAUUGGCAGCAGCAGCCCAAAAUGCUGUUUCAACAAUUGUCCAAUUGACUGGAGUUGUGAAAUUAGGAGCAGAAAGUUUGGGUUCAAAUAAUCCUGAUUCACAAGUGAUGCUGAUGAACGCUGUUAAAGAUGUUGCUUCUGCUCUCGGUGAACUUAUUCAGGCCACCAAAGCAGCAUCUGGAAAACCUAUUGAUGACCCUUCAAUGGGACAAUUGAAAGGCAGUGCUAGGGUAAUGGUAACAAAUGUAACAUCAUUGUUAAAAACCGUUAAAGCUGUUGAGGAUAAACACACAAGAGGCACACGUGCUUUAGAAUCUACAAUUGAAGCUAUCAGUCAAGAAAUUAAUAGUUUACAAAUAGAUGGUGCAAAGGGCAAAGGAACACCAGAGGAACUAGUUAGAGCUACUAAAUUAGUUACCCAAGCUACAUCUAAAGCAAUUGCUGCUGGAAACUCUGGAUCUCAAGAAGAUAUUAUAAUUGCUGCUAAUCAAGGGCGUAGAGCAAUUUCUGAUUUACUUGUUGUGUGCAAGAAUACUGCAUACUCCUGCACGGAAACAAUCGAAUUGCGCGAACAAACUUUGGAAGCUGGUAAUAAGGUUGCAACCCAUUAUCAAAGACUGCUUCAAGCAGUUUUGGCAGGAGCUGAAGGAAAAGAAAAUUUGCCACAUUUAUCAAGACAAGUAGCUCAAAGUGUUUCUGAACUGGUUUCUCUGGCCGAAACCCUUAAAGGACGUGAUUGGGUAGAUCCUGAGGAUCCAACAGUUAUUGCAGAAAAUGAGCUUCUAACAGCUGCAUCAUCUAUAGAAGCUGCUGCACGAAAACUUGCCAGUUUGCGACCAAGAAGAUCUGUAAAGGAAACCGAUGAAAAUUUGAACUUUGAUGAAAUGAUUUUGGAAGCAGCAAAAUCCAUUACUGCAGCUACUUCAGCUUUGGUUAAAGCCGCAAGUGAUUCACAACGAGAACUUAUUGAUCAGGGCAAAGUUGCCAGACGUCUACAUAAAACUUCAGACGAUGGCCAAUGGUCAGAAGGUUUGGUUUCUGCUGCGAGACUUGUGGUGGCAGCAACACAAAAAUUAGUAGAUUCAGCACAAGCUCUUGUGCAAGGACAUGGUUCUGAAGAAAUGCUUAUUUCAUCUGCAAAACAAGUUGCUAGUUCCACUGCCCAACUUUUAGUUGCUAGUCAGGUCAAAGCCGAUCCUGAUUCACCCAGUUUUACAAGACUACAAGCAGCUGGAAAUGCAGUCAUUAGAAGCACGGAUAAUCUUGUGAAAUCAGCUCAACAAGCUAUUUCUGGAGAAGAUGAGCAUUCACUUGUUCUUAACACAAGAAUGGUUGGUGGCAUUACACAGGAAAUAAAUGCCAGAUCUGAAGUAUUCCGAAUUGAAAAGCAAUUGGAAGAGGCUAGAAAUAGGUUAGCAGCCAUUCACCAAGCCAAAUAUCGUCUCCGCAAAACAGAUGAAGGCGAUCAAGAAUAUUACAGUGACCAAAAUGAUACCAUGAAUCAAAGUAGCCAUAUUGUGCAUUUAAAUAAUAAUAACCAAAGUAAUAAAGGAUUGAACUCCUCGUAUUUGGAUAAAUCUCAAACCCACACAAAUAGUAGAACUUUCAAUACAUACAACAAUGUAAGUCCUGUCAGCUUUAUUAAUAAAAAUUUAUCUGCAUCGGACAGUAGCUAUGAUGCAGUUAAAAAUGGCUCAGCACAUAAUACAGGGAGCAAUGGUCAAAAUUAUAAGGGAUUUACAACUUUGUAUGAAACACACAGAUAUAACACUGAUUCAAGUCCCGUUAUUAUGCACUCCGGAGCAAAUUCUCAAAAUUUAGUACAAACUCAAAUGAACUCAUUGUCCAGACAGAUCACUGAGAAGAAAACUAUAAAAACUUCUGCAGAGAGUCGAACGCACAGUCAUACUUAUAAACUCGAGUAAAGAAUAUAAUUACAAAAUAUAUAUUGUUUCAUAAAUAAGCAUGUACAGUCACAAAUUAUAUAUAUACAUACUAUUUUACAAGCUAUUUUAUAGUUUUCUAAUAAUAAAUUUAGUCAAGCUUAUAUAAUGUGCCUUCUAAUGGUGACUUGUACAGAUUUGUUAAUAAUAUAAAAUAUUUAGUGCCUACUUAUGUUAAUAUACAC